AUGCCACAGUCAUCCGCCAAGUCACGCGGAGAUCCGAACCAGCCGCACACCUACACGAGGCACGGACUCGUUCGUGGAUUGCGCCUGAACAUCGGCAGUCGUCCCGUGGACGCUUACUACGGCAUUCCCUACGCCGAACCGCCGCUUGCCCAACUGCGCUUCAGAAAACCACUCCCGCCGUCGUUGUGGAAGGGCAUCUACUACGCUACGAAGAAGAGGCCUCCCUGUUCCCAGAAGUCCUGGGAACUCACACAAGGAUUCACCAUUGAUGCGUCCAACAGCACCGAGGAUUGUCUCCACGUGAACGUAUGGACGUCCGCGAGGUACUGCUUCAGCCAAAACAUCGGCCUCUGCAGCUCCAAGGCAGUGAUGGUGUUUCUGCACGGUGGUGGUUUCCAGUUCGGUGGAAACAGUUACUCCAUCUAUGACGGCAGGUACCUGGCGCUCUUGGGUGACGUCGUGGUGGUGGUACCCAACUACAGGCUCAACGUGUUCGGGUUUCUGAACGCCAAUGUCACGGACGCCCCGGGUAACAUGGGAAUGUACGACCAGAUUCUGGCGCUGAAAUGGGUCCAGAAGAACAUUGCCAUGUUCGGUGGUGACCCAAACAGGGUGACGCUUUUUGGGCAAAGUGCUGGUUCCGUGUCGACGGGCUACCAUCUGCUGUCUCCGCUGAGUAGGGGACUGUUUCGCAGGGUGAUUAUGCAGAGCGGAACGCCUUACUGGAAGGUGCCCGACAACACAUUCACCGGGAAGCUGAAAGUACAGCAGCUGGCGAUGGGCCUCGGCUGCCCCGUCGGCGAGAAGGGCAACGUUCUGGCGGAACCCACCAGAGUGAUCGACUGCGUGCGCUCCAAGAGCAGAGGCAGGAUAUACAGGGCCAUGAAAGACGUUUUCGGGGUCGAAGAGAACUACAUGAUCCCCGCGUACUACAGUGAGUUCCUUCCUUUUGAACCCGUGAUGGCUACGGAGAAAGGCUUAUUUCAGGAUGUAGAUCUCAUGAUCGGCAACGUCAAGAAUGAAGGCACCGGCAUAGUUGACCAUUUCUUCUGGAAGAUAUUCAACUUUAAGGACUACACCAAGAUUUCAGUGGACGAAAUCUGGUUUUACAGUCUGCUUGUGUUUCGUGUGAUAUUGGGCAAGAACCCGGGUCCCAUUCGAGAACUCUAUUUGAACGAUCUAAACGACACAGAUUCAGCGCUGGCGCUGAGUCGGCUCUCGGAUGCAGUUGGUGACUUCAGUCUCAUCUGUCCAUCCCAGCUGUUCGCCGAGGCCUUCGCAAAACGCAAGAACAACGUGUAUUUCUACCUCUUCAACCACAGGCCUACGUUCAGCGUGUACCGGAGUUGGACAGGUGUGACGCACGGGGACGAGCUCGGUUUUGUGUUUGGUUUCCCACUCCUGUUUCCUCAGCAGUCAACGGACGAAGAGAAGAUCCUCUCUAGAAGGUUUAUCCGGAUCUGGUCGACGUUCGCCAAAAACGGAAAGCCGCCUACCGUCGGUGGACAGCAGUGGCCGAAGUUCACCAAAGACCACCCAUUCUACCUGAACAUUAACCUGAAGAACUACUCCCAGGGCCUCGGCUUCCGGAAGAAGAUCUGCGGAUUUUGGAGAAAGUAUCUCAUUCCGUCGGGGUCAUUGUAA